UUGGAAAUCCAGCUCAGAGCUCAAAGGUCCCCACACACCUGGAAAGUUCUGCAGGGACUCAGCUACAGAAAAUCCAAAGACAGCAAGUAAAACCCUUCAUGACCCUUGAUCACCAGAUCAUCAACCAGACUCUUAAACGGUCCUACCCUCCAACACCAGGCAGUGCACUUCUGGUACAGUAUGCACACCCAUCUCCUCAGAAUGAUGCUGGUCCCACUGGAAAUCCACUCGCCAAGUUGCUAACUCUUGGGAAAGAAGAUGACAAUGUAGAAUGGCAUAUGAAGGACGUUAUUGAGGAUGUAAUCAAUAUGGAAUCAAGUUUUAAAGAGGAAGGAACAGAAUCUCCUCUGCUAAUGCAAAGAACAUUAUCUGGAAGUAUUUUGGAUGUGUAUAGUGGUGAGCAGGAGAUUUCACCAGUUAAUAUGGGCCUUACAAGUGCUUCCUGUCCAAGUAGUCUGCCAUUGAAAAGAGAAACUACAGAAACUGAUACUCGAGCUUUGGCAAAAGAGAGACAAAAAAAGGACAACCACAACCUCAUUGAAAGAAGAAGAAGGUAUAAUAUUAAUUACCGAAUCAAGGAGCUUGGCACUCUUAUUCCAAAGUCUAAUGAUCCUGAUAUGCGCUGGAACAAAGGAACCAUUCUAAAAGCAUCAGUGGAGUACAUCAAGUGGCUACAAAAAGAACAACAGAGAGCCCGAGACUUAGAACACAGACAGAAGAAAUUAGAGCAGGCGAACAGGCGGCUUCUACUCCGGAUUCAGGAACUAGAAAUACAGGCUCAUGCUCACGGUCUACCAACCUUGGCUUCACUCGGCACAAUUGAUUUAGACGCUCAUGUCACCAAACAACAGACUCAUCUUGAGCAGAAUUCAGUAGACUAUUGCCAACACCUGACUCUGUCUCAGAGAGCAAGCCCUGAGCUCUGUGAUCAAGCGAUGGCCUUCUCCGAUCCUUUGUCACACUUUACAGAUUUAUCAUUUAGUGCUGCUUUGAAAGAGGAACAAAAGUUGGAUGACAUGCUACUGGAUGACACGAUAUCUCCUUUUGGAACAGAUCCUCUGCUAUCUGCCACUUCCCCUGCAGUUUCCAAAGAGAGCAGUAGGAGAAGUAGUUUUAGCUCGGGUGAUGGUGAUGAGUUAUAAAAAAAUAAACAUGCUCAAUUCAUCAAAUAGAAAACAAUUUUAUGCUGGUGAUAUACAAUUAUGUUAUAUGUUUCAUGUAUUGCUUUGGCUUUAUUUUUCUGAAAGGAAUGUAUUGUUCGUGAACAACUGAUUGAUUAAAAAACCAUAGAAGAAUGAAUUCGCAGGAAGAAAAGUAUGGUUUUGACGAAUCGAGGUCUAAAAAAGAUUUUUCCUCUUUAACUACAAAGUCCAAGUCUACUUAAAUUUUGUUUUCCCAGAAAGAGAUACAAUGUAAGAAAUAGCUCUCUACUUGAUGAUGUACUAUUGGAACUAACAGACUACAAAGAGUAAACUUAAUGAAAUAUACAAAUCUUUUCUUAGUUAUUCAUUUCCAUCUCCUUUCUAUUCAACUACUAAACAUUAUUUUCAAGAAUCAAGAUCAACAGAUCUGGUGGUUCAUUGCAUUUAUCCACUGUCUGGUGACCAUGUUGUCUAAUGUUCAAUCUUAAAUGGGGAAAUAAUUAAAAGACAGAUUACCUGUCACUUGUAAGUGAAAAGUAAAUCUAUAAUAAACAUUAGCAUUUUCCACAAUAAAAUACAGAAAAUACAUAAAAACUUUGAUUUCUAAAAUUAGACUCUAAUUUCUUUAGUCUAAUUACACAAAUUCUAAAAGCAACUUUGUAUAUUUAUGGAGACAUGCUCUAUUCAGAAAAAAGAACACAUUAAAUACUUUCCUCAAGAAUAUGGACUAGAAUUUCAUCCCUUCACACAAACAUAGCUCCACACACAUGAACACGAUGCAGGUAGAAUGUAUUUUGUUUUCCCCUUCAUUCUUUUGAUUUUCUAUUCUACAUCACAAAUCACAUUCCAAAUUCUCUUUUCUUCAUCAAGAAAAGAUGUUGAGUAAACAAUUUCAGCAAAUGAAGUAUAAAUAUCCUGCUACUAGGACAAUUUGUCAGGUAUUUAAAACUUAUCACUGUGUCCAAUAUUGGAGAUAAAUCAAUUAGUUGUUGAUAUAGUUUUGCUCAAAAAUGACAAAAUAUUUAAAGUUGGACUGCCAACUGAAAAUAAUUUGUAAAAUAGAAACUGUUAUUACAUUCAACUCUGAGUUAAAGUUCUACUCCCAUAAAUACUUAGAAUACUCUAUGAUUUUUGCUAGCUUUGCUAGCAUUUAUUAAGAAUAUUUAUAUUUAUGAUGCUUUCCUCAAAUUUUCUCUCUUGAACUUGUUUGAAGAUUGAGAACUGACUUAUCAAGUAUGUUGCUCUGUGCUGUCCCUCCACGAGAGGUCAUUUAAUCAAUGAGUAUUUUUGGAGGAAUACGCAUAACUUUAGUAGGUUCUGCGAAAAUGUGAAACAAAUAAGCCAGAUGUGGUCUUACUUCUUGGGGAGUAACAAGACUAUAUGAAUAACAACAACAAAAGAUAAACAACAUGUAGAAUUAAAGACUACAUGGGGCAGCAUAAGAUAUAAUAAAUACAGAGGUCAGAGAAAAUGAAAAUGAAUGAAGUUUGAAGAAUCACAAAAGUCUAUGAGAAAAGCAGGAUUUAACUUCUCUUAAAAGCAUAAAUUGAGUGAAGGAAAGGAAAGACAGAGGAAUAAUAUCAACCAGAUGAUAAAAAUGAGAAUAAGUUGGGGAAGUAUGGUACAUUCAUUAGAAAUAGAACAUUCAUCUGGCCACCCUAGAAGAUUCUUUUUGGAGAAUUCUGGAAAAUAAUAUUGGCAACAGGUUGUUAAAGUCUUUGAAAACUUAGGAUGAAAUGACAUAAUAGAAAUAGAAUUUUUGUUAGAAGGGAGAUGCCUAAAAAUUAAGAUAUUUCUAUAUAUUACUAACAUGAUUAAGAUGUAAUUUUCAUGAAUAUUGACUUGGUGAUACAUUUUUCAGGGUUUUAGGUAUUGUUAACGUGGAAAAUACACCAUCAGAAAUCUGAGACUAAUGCUGAUGAAAGUGAGACAAUAUUCAAUUUUAAUGGUAUAAUAAUUAUCUCAGGCUUAGCUUACAGUAUUAGCUUGGAGUUUGGAGAUUUAAAAUAGUCUUCAUUGUCUGACAUGGAAAAAAUAAUUCUCAAAUUACAGGAACAGUUAUUAAAGCCAGACAGAUAAAUUCACCUGUAAUCUGACACAUGAAAAAGAGCAAUAAGAUAUACUUCCGUAAGAAUUUUCAGAACAUUAUAUACUUUUAACUUUAUAACAAAAUUCCACUUCACUAAAGAGUUGAUAAUUUAACAUGGCAAAUCAUAGAGAAGGAAUAUAUUUUUGGGUCCAUGGAAAACACAUCAUUCUAGAUAGAGGCUAAUUUAUUUUCUCAUAUUAUCCAUUAUUCUCUUUUCUUCAUAUUCUGAGAAGACUUGCUCUGAUAAUGUCAUUAUUUCGUCAUUGCUUUCCAUUCUGUUAAAAUACUACUAUCCAGCCCUGAAACCUAUUCCUUAUAGUCUUAGCUAAUUGUAAGAACUUGAUACAGGAUGGUAAAGUCUGGACAAAAGCAGUCUGGAAAGGGAGUUAAUAUUUGUUGCUACUCUCAGAUUAUAAUAACAAUUAGGAAAUUAUAAAAUGGGUAAUGGAUUUUUAAAGACAGAGUGAAGAGUAGCGUUGUGUCACAAAAGUUAUAGAUCCUCUCACCAGAAAUACAGAAUUGUGUAUAAUGUCAAAAAUUUGCAUGCACCAAGAGGUUUUAGGAAACUCCUGAUUAUCUCCUUGGGUCCCAAGCGAAGAAUUAUUGUAACAGGUCUGUUACUUUAGUAGAUAGCAUUGUAGUGAUGUAUCUAUCAAGAGCGAAGUGCAUAGUUAAUGUUACAUAUAAUGAUGGAGGAGGGAGCCCUAGUUAUCAGAAUAUCAUUAUCCUAACAUCAAUAGUUAGGUGAGGUUUCAUAGGAAAGUGAAAGUGUACCAAACACUAGACUAUUCACUAAGGAAUUUCACUUAUAAAAUAGUCCCCUUUUAAACACCCCAUCAUAUCUAUAUGCCUUCAGCUAUAUAUUUAUGUAACAUAUUUAUGGAUCAGUUUCUCUAUGACUAUUUGAUAUUGUAAACAUCUGACAAUAACAUUUUAAAUCAAUACAAAUAAAUAUCAAAGUAAAAAUAUAAAUUCAAAAGCAAAAUUAUUUGAUUAAGAAUCAGGAGUAAAUCUUGGGAAAAUUGAUUGUCUAGAAUAUUUUUGCAAAAAUUAGCCUUCUGAUAACAGUAAAGGAGAUGUAUUUAUCCAACAAUUUUGUCACAAAAAGCAUUCACUUUCACCAGACCGUUAAUAUACAAUUAACCAAGCCUGUUCAUUCAAAAAUUAAUGCAUAAUUACAAUGCUAAAAACUUUGUGAAAAAUAAGGUAAAUAGUUUCUAUUAUUUUUAGUUAUCUUUUCAAUAAUAUCCCAUCUAAUCUUUUUCUUGUUUUAUAUUAAAAUAUUGGCUGCUUUUUCAUGGAUUCACAUUAAGCAACCUUUCCGACUCUCAAGCAUCUUAAAAUAACAAGAGUCUCCUAUAAGUAGAUAUAGAUCUUCAUAAUUUUUUUAGUAUUCGUUCUCAAACUUUUCUCAUAACUGAAGAAUAUAUAAACAGACCAUAUUUCCUCAGUUUAUUAAUGUGAUGAUAUCAGCGAUUAUAGCUUUAUGUCAGUACAAAAGCUCUAAGUCAUAAAUAGCUAGAUGAGCUGAGGACAUUGAGAAAUAGCAUUCCUCCUCCUUUUUAAAUUCAUUUUUAUCCAUUUACAUGACUGUAAAAAAUAUUAAAUAGCUAUUACUUGAAAAAAAUUAGAUACAACGAGUCUUAAUUUGUUAUGCUCACUUACCUUUAUGUCAAGGAGAAUUUAGGUUUUACAAUGUAAAUAAGAGUACAUUCUUUCUUUGUCUUGAUAGAGUCAUAUUGGCAUUUUCUUGUACUUCAAGGUAUUAUGAAACUACUUUUUGCUGUUCUAACAUUGUGGAAUUUCAAUAUUUAAAUAAAUAAAUGGCAUAACGGUUUCAAUGUUUUUACAAUGUGUCUAGGCUUUGACAUACUAACCUUAUGAUAUCUAAGAUGUAGAUGAAAACUGGAAUCAAUUAACAAUUUUUGUGUUAUCAGCACUAGAUCAACCAUCUAGGUUCUUGAAAACACCUGAAAGAUUGAAUUUUGCUUUAGUAUUGAUAAUGGCAUAGCCUAUAUAUGCUAUGUGGAAUUACAUCAUUUGCCCCUCCAGUGCCCUGCAUGUUAAUAAGUAUAAGAUGUUGAUUUGAGUUAGCGUAAGUUAUAUAGACAAAGGUUUUAUUAUAUUUACUUAAUAAAUACUAAGUACAUUUAGUGUUGCUGAUAUAAUGUUCAUAUUACCUUUCUGUAAUUAUUAUCCAUUGCAUAUACCAAUAUUUUAUCAUUUGUAAGAUUUUUAAUUUGUAAACAAAGAAACUUCAAAAAUGAUAAAAUAGUUUUAAAAGUUUUCUCUGUUCUACAUUUUUUUUCUGUAAGGUUCAUAGAAAAUAUGAGUAUAUGAGCGAUUAUCAGAAAAUAGUUAUUUUGAUUUUAAAAAACUUCCACUGGAUUCAACUAUUCUAAUGAUGUAAUACUACUAUCUGCUGCUUUAUACAUAAAAGAGAAACUUUUGUCUUCUUAUAUAUGUAUUUCUAUACAUCCAAGUGAUUUCUCUUUUGUGUUUUCUAUUGAUGAAAUCCUCAGUAAAAUGUCUUUUUACUACAUUUGUCCAGUAGACUUCAAGAAUUAAAAAACAAAGACUUUUGUGUUUGCAGUGUUACCUUUCCCAUUACUGCACUACCAUUUUAUUUUGAAAAUUCUGUAUUUUUCCCCAUGAAAUAAAUUUUAUUUUUAUGUUAUUUAAAGCUAGUGGUUAUGUAUAACAAACAAAAUGGAAAGUAUGCAAAGGAAAUGGGGUACUGUUACUUUGUUGAAAGAAUCAUGUAUAAUCAGGAAGUUACAUAUUAUAUUAUUCUUUAAUACAUGGCCACUGAAGUUUAAAAGCUAACUAAAUUCAAGGGUCUAAUAGCAUUGCUGUUGGUUAUGGCAUACAAGGCUAAAAUUAAUUUAACUAUUUAAUCUUAAUAAUAACAAUGUAGUUUAAAAUCUUUGACUUUAAUAGCAUUUUAUAUAUAUGAAUAGCUGAAGUAAUAUUUCUGUAAUUUUAAUCUAACAUUGGUUAGAUCAAGAAAACAUUGUUAGUGUAACAAGACUAUAGAAUUUAUAAUUAUUGCUAUUUUUCAUUUUUAAUAACAAAAUAAUGUCUUAUUUUCUAAGAAAAUGAAGAACACUGGUGUACUCUAAUACAUGAAUCUUUGUACACAUACUUUUAAAAAUGUGCCAAUGUUUUCUUUGCUUAUAUUAAAGGAAAGCAUAGAAUUAUUUAAUGUUUUAAUAUACUUUUUAUUUUGCCUUUGUGUAUAGACUAUACUGGAAAAUGCAGAAUACGGGUUAACUAUCAUCUGAAAAGAUAGUUAACAGCCAUGAGACUGUACAGUUGACAACUGCUCACUACAUAGUCCAUACUGAAAACGAUGAUCCAAUAUUUCCUUAUUAAUGAAAAUAAUUGUUACAUUCUACAAUAAAGUCUC